AUGUUGAUGUUGAUAGUGUCAGAAACUCAAACUGUUUCUGAUAUAUAAACAUGAAAUAAACUAUUCCUCGACCAGUCUUCUAACUGCACCUAACCAAUUAUCAACUCCACAAGGAUAUAAAAUGGCAGCAGUUUUAAAGAAAAGAGCGUUGGCAGAGUACAAUAAAGUGUUUCAAGAUGUCCCUGCAACUAAGAAGCUACAUCUGGUCAAGAAGCCUUUGAUAGGUAGCUCUGCAGCUGCAUUCGUCGGGCUCUUAGAAAAGUGUAAAUCCAGUGACGAAGCACUGCAACUCUUGCUGCGUAUAUCAGACUGCUUGCAGUUCCAAGAGUCUGAUGUAGAGGAGGCUAUCAAGAAGUUGUCUGAACACUUCCAGUCUGAAGAAGAAGCUGUGGUCAGAGUAAAAAUACUUUGGCUGUUCUGUGACAUCGGUCUUGAGUGCCCUGGAGCUAAUCUGAAUAAUUUAAUUGAUGAGACAGCUCACUUGAUUAAAAAUGAGACAUCACACAAGGUGAUAGCACAAGGUAUAGCCACACUGCUGAAACUAGGCAGCAAACUCAGUGAUGACAAGAUCCUGAUGAUGCGGCUGGUGGCAGUGGCUAAGGACAAUCUGAAGGACACCAGCCAUCAAGUGAAGUGUCGGUGUCUGCAGCUCAUCAGUGAGCUGUACCCCAUACACCUGGAGUCUGAGAGAACCACUGAGAUGGCCACUGAGGCUGAUGCUAUUGUCAAGCUGCUUGGCGACUAUUCACAUGCUGAGGAUGCAAGAGUGCGCUGUGAAGCAUUUCAGUCCCUCCUCACAAUGCAUGAGAGAGGACAAAACCUGAGUGCCUCCCUCUAUGACUUGGUGUGUGUGGCUCUGUCUGAUGACUAUGAGAUAGUCAGGGAGGUGGCUCUCAAGCUGGUCUGGGUGCUUGGCAAUAAGUACCCUGAAAAUACAAUAACUCUAUGCGACGGCGAGACAACAAUGCGGCUAGUCGACGAUGCGUUCGUACGCAUCUGUUCAGCCGUGAAUGACUUGUGCAUGCAAGUACGUGCACUGGCCUGCACCUUACUGGGGACUACUCGCGCUGUGUCUGAUCGAUUCCUUCUACAGACCUUGGACAAACAGCUUAUGAGUAAUAUGAAGAAAAAGCGCACAGCUCACGAGCGUGGCGCGGAGUUAGUCCGGAGCGGUGCGUGGGCGUCGGGGCGGCGCUGGGCGGACGACGCGCCCGGACACUUGCUACACCAGGACACUGUACAACUACUGCCCGGGGGCGCCGCCGGGGCGUUCGUACACGGACUCGAGGACGAACUCAUGGAGGUUCGCACAGCGGCAGUGGACGCGGUAUGCCAGCUCUCCAUGGAGAAUGCAGUGUUUGCGACAACUUCGCUAGACUUCUUAGUGGACAUGUUCAACGACGAGAUAGAGGACGUACGUCUGCGCGCCAUUGACAGUCUCACGCGUAUCGCGCACCAUAUCGUACUCAGAGAGGACCAGCUCGAAACUAUAUUGGGGGCUUUAGAGGUAAGGGUUUUAGACAAGCGGUCGACGUUCCGUUGUGUGCAACGUCUAGGCAGUUCCCACGCGGCACUAGUACUGCCGCUGACGACGCGGCUACUGGCCGUGCAUCCAUUCUUCGACAUGCCCGAGCCAGACGUCGAAGAUCCCGCAUACAUGUGCGUCCUGAUCCUGGUCCUGAACGCUGCGCAGCACUGCACCACGAUGUUGCCACUGUUCGAGGAACAUACCAUCAAGCACUACACGUACCUACGGGAUACCAUGCCACAUCUCGUGCCAUAUCUACCUAUCGGUGACGCGCAACAAUCGAGUGCUGAGAAGAUAGAGUCAGCGAUGGACGACAGCGCGGUGCGUCGUUUCUUCUCAUCCGUACUACAACACAUCGACAACCCCACCCUGUCUACUGCAGUCAGACUCAACAUGCUACGCUCUGCUGAGGAACAACUUAAUAAACUGGCGGAGAUGGAGCCGGCCGUGUCGGGCGCGGCCGUGUUCACGUGCGUGCUGGCGCGCUGCGUGCGCGGCCUGCACGCGCUGGCCGCCGCCCCGCCCGCGCCCAGGGACCACGCGCUCGCGCAUCUCGCCACCGACUGCCUCCGACUGCAGCACCAGUUCAGUGGUGUAACCGAACAGGAGAACGCGUGUGUGUGGCAGUUGGCGCUGCGUGUGAGUGCGGCCAAGCUGUGUGCCGUGGCGGGCGGUGGCCCGUGCGGCCCCGCAGGCCGGCGGCCCGGCGGCCCGGGCGGCCCACCGGCGGGCGCAGCGCCCGGCCCGGCCCUGUCGGGGGCGGCCGCCGCACUCUCCGCCGCUGCAGCGCUCACUCAUCAUGCAGAACUACUCGAUAGGCUACUAGCCUCUGCAGGAGUGGAGCCGGACCCGUUCACGAUAGCAGUGUUCCGUCAGUUGUCGAUGAACGCGGACCACAAGCCGGCCGCGCUCGCUCGCGCCAUCAUGCCACUGUUGCAGUCUGCGCCGCUGCCAGUCAUACCCACGCCGAAUAUCAAGAUCCGCAUGUGUACGGCGAGUAUCCUAGAGCCGGCGGCGGACAACGACACCGUGGUGCGGUUUAGCGCGGGCCUAGUGGCCGGCGUCGCGCUGGAGGCCGAAGUAUUGCGCGUGCGCUGCCCCGGACAGAUACGCGUGCGCGUCGCAUACCCCGACACUAGAGUGCACGCACUCGUACCACACAAGGACCAUCUCAGGCCACUCGAUCAUCAAAAUACUAAUGACGAUGGCACACAAAACGUGCGUCUGUUAACAAAAGUAUUGAUAUCGCAUGGAGUGUGGACGGAGCCGUGUGGAGUAGACAUCUCAGUUUGUCUCGCUGUGGAAGAGGGAGGCGCGCGGGAACCGGCGCAACUGAUCGAGUUGUGUCGCCCAGUACGCGUCACUGUCGCACCUAAACCGAUUAAACGAGGCAUAUAGAAUAAAAAAAGAGUUAAAAAAGUGUCUGAUUUUGUGACGAUAUCAGUAAAAGAUAGUAUUUUUUAAGUUGUAAGAUUGUCCUGUUUAGGGUUUCUAUCAGUUGUAUAAAGUUUAGAAUUUGUUAAGUACAAUGUUGUAACAAAUAACUUUGCGAAUAUAAAAUGUCUCUCAUUUUUAUAUACAAUCUAAUUAUGUGCAGGACCACAAACAUAUUGUAAUUGUAUGGAGUAUUGAGGAAUAAAGACGUAUUUUAAA